UGUGCAUAAUGUGUAGAUCAAGCGAUUACUCUUUAACUAGAGCAUUCUGAUGGACCCACUAGGUCCUAUGUCUCACCGUUAUUCUUCCGGUUCUCCACUUCUAUGGAAGUGGAUCAUUGAGUAUUUAUCAAGCUUCCCCGAGAUAGAUACUUCCAUUAUAACCAGUCUGUUUGAAACAUCUCCAGUAGCACCAGAGGAUUUUGACGAAAAUACAAACGAGAGGGUUGUUUUAAAAUGUUUGGAGGAGUUAUUUGGUCCUGAAACAGUCUUGGAGUGUCGAUCCUCCUGUUUUAAGAGCUGCUUUUCCUCCUUCGCUGAGCUGUGAUGUUGUUCUCAACCAAAUAUUGGAGGAGGUUCCGUUUCAAAAUCUAAAAAAAGCUGCACCCGAGGUUUUGAGAUGGGUUGGCCACUCCUUUAUUAAGCAUAAAAGAGCCACCCUACCUGAAUGUUCAUUAGAAAAGUAAAAAGAUUUUAUUUGUGAGGACGAUCCUGUUUCUCAUGGUGAUGAAAAUGUCCCUCCAUCAUGGUCUGAUGACAAUGAUGAUAAAAAGGGUAACCAAGAGGGUAACUUGAUUCCUCAAAUUCAUGAAGCUGAUAAUCAAUUGUUGCUUGGAAAAGAUUUAUUACCCUCUUAGAGGUGUAGAGAUGACUUGGUUGCUGGAAAUUCAGUGGGAGUAGUCGGUGUUAACCAUGGUAGUCUGCAUAAUUAUCUUCAAUUGAAUGCUAAAAAGUCCAAGCAGAAUGCUACUCCCUCUUGUAAUAUUCAGUCUGUUGAAGAGCUUCCAAUUCACUUGCAUGGUGAUUCUGAACAAUUGGAAGAAGAAUCUCGUAGGAUUAUGAAAGUUACUGAAAUAGAAGGUAAUAACUUGGGGAAGGAUUCUCAGAGAGGGGAGGGUGAUAAAGAUUUACGUGUUGCCUCAAGGACCCAUGGGCGAAUUGAUGCUGUUGGACUAGUAGAGUUGCUGGACAAUCAGAUGGAAAAUGUUCAAAAUGAUGAUGUUGAUGUGAUGGUUGAGCACAAGCAUGAAGAUAUAACUUGCCAAAAUGCUGUGACUGAUGAAACCAAUCUUUUUGAAAAAUGGUGCACUGCAAAAGGGUCCUAGUGGUGAUGCGGGUGUGGAUAUUGAUCAAGUUGAGAUAGUUCAAAAGGGACCUAGUGCUGAUAGAUUGCAACGUAAUAUUGAUCAUAAUGUGGAAAAAGCUGACAUGGUUCAUCCUUGUCCCGAAGAAAUAUUUGGAUUUGAAGAUGAGAUCUUUAAUAAUGUCUUGAAGAAGAACCUUUUCUUGAGUUCACAUCACAUACCAAGUCAAGAUCCGGUGCAAAAAGCUGGCUGGAAAGAACAGAAGUCUUGUGUCAAGUGUAACCAAAAUGGUCAGGUGUUGGCGUGCAGUGCUAGUGGUUGUCCACUUGUGGUUCAUGAGAGUUGCUUGAAUAGUGCUGCAAGAUUUGAUGAUAAAUGCAACUUUCUUUGCCCAUUUUGUGCAUAUUCUGUUUCCAUCUCAAAGUACCUAGAAGCUAAGGACAAAACCCUCUUAGCAAGGAAGAAACUAGUUGCAUUUAUUGGGCUUAUGGGAAAACUUGCUCAGGAACGGAGGAGGUUUCCGAGGCAUUUGACGAUAAAUGGCAAUGAAAACCUUGUCGUAAUUCGGGAGAGUAAACAUCUAGGGAGAGAGCACGAACACCAACAGCAGUCCAAGCUUAAAUCUUGUGAUGAUCAUCCAACCACUGAAAACACUGAAACUGACCCUGUAAAUCAGGUAGAAGUUGAAAGAGAUGACAUUUUAAAGGAAUCUGUAAAGCCUCAGACAACACACGCAUGUCAGGAACAUGUCAAUAGUGAUGGAGAGGGGUCAUCUAUCGGUGCAGAUGACAAGUUUAUAAUAUCUAGUUACACUAGAGAACCUCAGACAAAGUUGUAAGUUUUCUUUGCGUAGAUUGAUAUUCUUGUUUCCUGUACACCGUUUUUAAAUUUUAACAUGCUUUUGUCGUUGGUUUUAUUAUAUCAUGUGAGAAAGGAAAUGAGUUAGCCUUGAUUUUAUUGAGAAUUAAAUCUUAACAAGAUUCUUAUUUGUAGCUCGUUCCCUCCAACUCGACAAUUGACAAGAAAGAUAGUUCCACGGACAAAUGUUGAAGAAGGGAUGCUCAGGAAGGGAGUAGAGGAGUUUGCAAAUGAUGAUGGAACAAUUCCAUGGAAGAGAAUUUUGGAGUUUGGUUCCAAAGUGUUUCCCAAGGAUAAAACUGCACAAGACCUGAAGAACAAGUGGAGAUGCAUGCGCAAGGGUUUUCCGAAACUGCAACU